GCAGAACGGCGUGCGCCUGGCGAGACAAAGGCGUCGGACCAGGGAACAGGAGAAAGAGGCGAGACAUACUUCUUGUUUUUUCGGGACACAUCUGCACGGAAAUGUGAAGAAAGUCACCGGAACAGUAGAUUGGGUGAUGGGAAGAUAAAACAUCGGAAUUCAGCACGAGCUGAGCCCCUGUCCCUCCUCAUAUGCUUUUAAAAUCAUUUCUCCAACGCCCCCAAAUUAGCAAGCCUGCUAGCGUUAGCCAACUGCUUGCCACACUCAUCAUUCCUUCAGAAUCAGAAGAAAGGAGCAAGAUAAACUGCUGGAGGUGGCUAAGAGACAAAAAGGAGCUGAAAGCCUACUUAACUUGUCUCCUGAAGUCUGAUGUACAAAUACGGGGACUAUGCCUAGCCCCCUGUUUCAUCCCGAUAUCAUGGAUCACGAAAUGGUAGUGAGCAGCCCGCAGCAGAACGGGGUCACUUUAUCGAGAGAGACCGACCAAGAGUCCCGGGAGGAGGACCAUCAGGAGGUGCUCCGGUAUGCCCUCGACCAGCUCUCGCUCAUGGCUAUGGAGAAGGUCGACCGCGGCGGCGGGCUGGUGGAGUCUCUAGACGGCACACCGGGCUCGGUGGGGGAGACGUGUAACGUCAACGGCGGAUAUGUGGACCUACAGAUGCUGGAACACCCAGGCGGCUCACGGGAGUCCCCGACGUCCUGCUCCCCGUCCCCGGAGUACUAUGGCACGGGCGGCUACCACAUGGCAGGACCGCACUCCCAUCCCAUUCUUGGGGAACAAAGCUCCGUGCUGAGCCGAAAGAGGAGCGUCAACAUGACUGAAUGUGUACCUGUGCCCAGUUCGGAACACGUCGCAGAAAUAGUUGGGAGACAAGGCUGUAAGAUCAAGGCCUUGCGCGCCAAGACCAACACGUACAUCAAGACUCCGGUGCGCGGGGAGGAGCCCGUGUUCAUAGUGACGGGCCGCCGCGAGGACGUGGAGAUGGCCAAGCGCGAGAUCAUCUCGGCCGCCGAGCACUUCUCCAUGAUCCGCGCCUCGCGCUGCAAGGCCGGAGCCGGACAGGGUCCCGGGGGGAGCGGCGGCACUGGGGGCCCCCUCCCCGGCCCCCCCAACCUGCCCGGCCAGACCACCAUCCAGGUGCGGGUGCCGUACCGCGUGGUGGGGCUGGUGGUGGGGCCCAAGGGCGCCACCAUCAAGCGCAUCCAGCAGCAGACGCACACGUACAUCGUGACGCCGAGCCGCGAGAAGGACCCCGUGUUCGAGGUGACGGGCAUGCCGGAGAACGUGGACCGGGCGCGCGAGGAGAUCGAGACGCACAUCACGCUGCGCACGGGCGCCUUCGUCGACCUGCAGGCCGACAACGACUUCCACAGCAACGGCACCGACGUCAGCCUGGAGGGCCUGGGCGCCGCGCUGGCCGGGGGGGCAGGGGGGCUCGGAGGGGCGCUGUGGUCUCGUGCCACACACCACCACCACCACCCUCACCCUCACGCCCACCCACACGCCCACCACGCCCACUCCUCCUCGGCCUCAGGAUCCCCUCCUCCUCCCCCGCCCCCACCACCACCUCUCCCCCUGUCCUCAGCCCCCUCCUCACGCAAGCCCUCGGCCUAUCACAACGGGGGGAUGGGGAUGGACGCCUACCCCCCGACCCGACGCGCCACUGACGGCGGAAGCCCCACCAGCCCCUUCAGCACCGGCAGCAGCGGAGGCGGCGGUUUCUCCUUCGGUUCCGACCCGACGGGCCUCACCGGGGGGCCUCCCGGCGCAGCUGACGACCUGGCCUUCGAGUUCAGUGCCGCCAACAUCUGGGCGCCGUUUGUGAACGGAGGCAAACAGCAGCAGCAGCAGCAGCAGCAGCAGGGCACGGCAGGCGGCGGGGGGAACGGAGGGCCGUCGGUGGCACCAGCGCCCUCUUCAGGCGGCCCGGCGUCACACCCGCAGCCCUUGCGACGGAACAGCAGCGGCCUGAGCGGCGGCGUGCUGACCCCUCGGCUCUCCCCUACGCUGCCCGUGGCCGUGGGCAGCGGCAGCGAGGCCGCCGGGCUCCUGGACCACCCGCUGGCCCGCCGGGCCCAGUCCGACCCCCUCAGCACGCUGGCCUGGCUCCAGACGGGCGGCGUGGGCGUGGCCUCCUUCUCGUCCUGCGGAGGCGGCGGCGGCGGAGGCUCCAGCUCCAGCUCGGGAUCGUCCAGCUCCACCGGCUACUCGUCCUGUUCCGCCUCCUCACUGCCCGGCGGAUCCCCCACCGACUCGGAGGGCGGCGGCAGCGGCGUGGGUCUGCCCGCGGGCAUGCUGGGCCGGCUGAAGGGCGCUGGCGGCGGCAUGGUGGGCGGUGUGGUUGGCGUGGGGGCGGCGGGGCUGGUGAUGGCGGCGGCGGGAGCGGUGGGCGCGGGCAGCAGAGACUGCUGCGUGUGCUUCGAGAGCGAGGUGACGGCGGCGCUGGUGCCCUGCGGGCACAACCUCUUCUGCAUGGACUGUGCCGGCCAGAUCUGCCAGUCGCAGGAACCCGAGUGCCCCAAGUGCCACACGCCGGCCACACAGUGCAUCCGCAUCUUUUCCUAAUGCCCCUCCGCCCUGCGUCACUCCCACUCCGUACACACCCCCCCCCCCACACCAACCCAACUCCCCCCUGGCCUGCAUGGCCCACAGCCACCAGAACAAACAAACAAACAAACAUGCACACAUACCAACAAACAACAAACAGCCCCACAGAAACAAACCAACCAAUCAUUGGAAAGCAAAAUCUUCCUGUUCCUGCUUCGGGACUUUGUAGAGGUCGUGACCCCCAGCGAGAGAGACUGGCGGUGUGUGUAGCGGGAGGCAUUGGUCCCCCUACUCUCUCUGCCUGCUGGCCACUCAGACUCCUGCGUUAGAUAUGACACUAUACUGAUUGAAUUAUUAAUAAUAAUAAUAAUAAUAAUGAUAAGAGUAAUAAGAUGGUGAUGAUAAUAAUAACGAUUAUAUUAUGAUAGACUCCUGUGUUUCAUCAGAGACUGCACAUGCAUACACACAUCUAGUCUUUCCUAGAACAUGGAGCUUUUUACAAAUAAUUUGUUUUGUUUUUUGUGCUUUUGGAGCUCGUGGGGAAAGACCAGUGUCUUAUUUUUGCUUCUGUCCUUCACUCUUCCUCCUUUUUUUUUGAAGCAAUCUACUCUUCAACCCUCCGUUUGUGUGUGUGUGUGUGUGUGUGUGAGAUGCUGUCUGGGAUGUCUGUGCAGCAGACAGUAGAGACUGACUUUGCCUUCUCUGAAUGGACAGAUGUGUGUGUGUGUGUGUGUGUGUGUGUGUGUAUGUUUUCAGUCCAAGGUCACUUAGGUUUGCACUUUCUCCAGCAUUUUCUUUUUGUGCGUGUGUGUGUGUGUGUUUGGUGUUCUCUGACACUUUGGAGAAGGCUCUGUCCACUUGGGCCAGCAGUGGCCAUAAGUUGCACUACCACACAUACACACAUACAUACAUACAUACAUACAUACAGACACAUACACCAGUCACCUGCAAGACUAAAUGGUUACAGAACUUUUUCCCUCUUUCCUCUCCAUAAUUCGUCUCGGUGGAGAAUGAAUGAGAACACUUGUCUGUUGUCUCCGGUGUUUGUGGAACAGAUGUGCUAAGUAAGCAGUGGUUGAAACACAUAGGAUAUGGGCAGACCAGUGCUCGUUACUACAGCGCCAUGAAGGUCAGGGGGAGAAGGUAGAG